UUUUUAUCAAUAAAAAAAUGAUUUCCCUCCCUCUGCUCCAUCAAUUCCCUCCUCUUUUCUCAUUUCCCUCCUUUUCUUUUUACCGCUGAAACUAAAAGUCUGUAUACAUUCUUCUAACCACUGCUCACAAAUUUGGUGGCUUUGAUCAAGUCAGAUAAAAUUAAUGGAGUCUCCAAAUUCCUUCACUCUUCGCAACAAGUUGGUUCCAACUUCUCAGAAUAAUUAGCACCAGGUUUUAUCUUCACUUUGAUUUUUGUUAAUUGAUUAAAUGGGUUUAGCAAAUUUUAUUUUCUUUUAUGAAUCUGGUAUAUUAAUUCUUGUUAUGUUUUAGUAUGAAACCAAUGAAACCAGUAGAUUCUUGUUACUCUUGCAAGUGAACGUAUAUGUUAUUUGAGUUGUUUUUCCUGGGAUUUUUUCUAUGAUUUUGAGCAACUCUACAUAUCUUUAUCAAACCUAUCUUUUGAUGAGAUGAAUCUAGUGUAGAAUUAAUCUUUUUGUUAUAUAAGAUUGAAUUUACUCGGGCCAACUGAUUCCUGACUAAUUAUAAGUCAAACAUAAAUUUUUUUCUUCUAAAUGAUGACUGGUUAUUAGGUGAAUUUGGAGACGAAUUGUAGCGAAAAAGUGCCUUCAUUCAUGGAUAUACUUACUUCAGAAUUUUCCGAUUACGAGGAGCUUGUAAGACCAACACAAAAUCCUUCUUUUUCACAAAGUCCUAGUGAAGGCGAAAGCGUUGAAGCAACACUUGUUCCGCCUCAAGUGUUUUCUUCACAGAAUACUAAGAAAAACAGGAUACGAACAAAAAAUUUUACAAAACAGGAGGAUGAAAUGCUCAUUUCAGCUUGGCAAAAUGUUUCACUAGAUCCGGUUACGGGUGCUGAUCAAACAACUGGAACCUAUUGGCAGAGAGUGCAUAACUAUUUUAUGAAACACAAAGAAUUCGAAUCUAAUCGUAAUGUCUCUUCAUUAACUCAUCGAUGGUCUAUGAUUCAGCUUGGAGUUAAUAAAUUUCAUGGAUUUUACAACCAAUUUGAUGGGCGAAGUGGGUAUUCAGAACUUGAUAAGAUUGACGGUGCAAAAAAGAUGUACAAGGAAGUUUACAAAACUAGCUUCUCUCUGGAGCACUGUUGGAAUCUCUUAAGACACUUGCCUAAAUGGAAUACUGAGUUUGCUACAAAGAAAUCAAAAGCUCGAAAAGAAAGUCCCACAUCUCCUUCCUCACCAGAAUGUGUUAUGUUAGAAAAAUCAGAACUUGAAAGGCCAAUUGGAAGGAAGGCUGCUAAAGAACUACAAAAGAAAAGAAAGAGGCCAGGAAUGGAUUGUGAUGAUAAUAGCGGAGCUGCUAUUCUGGAACAAAUGAGAGUUGAGUUGCUGGAAUCUAGAAAACAAAGAAAUGAACACCUAAAAGAAAUGAUGCAAUUAGCCAAGGAGAAGGAGGAACGUGAGAGGAGAAGAGAAGAAAAGGAACAAGAUGAAGCUGAUGCAAAAAUAAUGGCAAUGGAUACACGUUCAAUGGGGGCUAUUGAAGCUGAAUAUUUUAACUCGAGGAAGCAAGAAAUUAUGGAAAGAAGGCGUGCUCGUUUUUUCUAGAUAAAUAUAAUAUAUUCCUCAUCGCGAAAGUUUUUGAAAAGUUUUAAUUGUCUGGAUGCUGUUUUAGAUUGUCUAUUUUGUGAAUUAUGCUGGAUAGAUGUUGUGAAUGAAUUUGAACUUCUUUUGAUAUUCUGCAAUUCUGCAAUUUGGUUACUGAAAUGAGGUUGCAGCAGAUGUAUUGAAAUGCAGUGUUAUGAAUUUUGUUCCUGGGGACAUAAUUAUAUGGUGAUCAGGUCUGGAAGAAACAAUGGUCACAUGUUUGUCAGCGGAGAUAAACAAGUUUCAUGAUCACAGGUGGAACACCUGGCAGGCAACCU